UCUCUCUCUCUCUCUGUCUCUGAAGAAAUAAAUAUACAAAUAAAAAAAAAGGAAAUAAAAGCUGAGAAAAAAACGCUUUGGAAGUUUGCUUCAACAUGAAACAAUGGAUACCCACGAAAGCCUAACAUCGCUUGUUCAAGCAACCAAAUACUAACCCAAAGUUUUUUUUAUAAUUAUAUCAACAUCACCACACCUUCCCCUCACUCUUCUUCCAAGUGAAGUUAAACCUAUUCCCCAGAGAGAGAGAGAGAGAGAGAGGUGGUGCAAUGGAAGAGUUUGUGGCGGAGAGACUUCUAAGGGGAGAUAAAGCAGCUAAAACACAAGCGGCAGUGGAGCUGAGCAAUCUAAGCAGGAAGCAGAGGCAUAAACUGGCGGAGAGAGGAGUUAUCUCUCCUUUGAUAUCCAUCUUACACUCUCAAGACCAUAAUUCCAUUGAAGCCGCCCUAUCAGCAUUGCUCAGCCUCGCCUUCGGCAGUGAAAGGAACAAAGUUCUGAUCGUGAAAUCUGGUGCAGUCCCAAUACUGAUCGAAAUCCUCCAGUCAGAAACCAGGACGGCAAUAGUCGAACUGGCCAUGGCCUUCCUUCUCAUCCUCUCCUCCUGCAACAAAAACAAGCCCAAGAUCGCAUCUUCCGGAGUGAUUCAGCUCUUAGUUAGACUUAUUGGCUGCACCGAUGCACUCAGCGUUCAAGCCAAUGCCGACGCCAUAUCGACGCUACACAAUCUCUCCACCCACCGUCAUAUCAUCCCCAUGAUCAUUUCCGCUGGAGCAACGUAUGCUUUGCUCAAAGUCAUAAACUUUUCGGACAAAUCUUCCGAACUGGCUGAAAAGGCGGCAGCUUUGCUGGAAAACACGACUGCCCACUCGCCAGAUUCAGCGUCAUGCAUCGAAGGAGCGAUAGGGGUGCUGGUGGAAGCCAUUGAAGAAGGGUCGGCCCAGUGUAAAGAACACGCAGUGGGGAUAUUGCUAAGGGUCUGCAAGUGGGACAGAGAGACGUACAGAGGGAUGAUACUGAGAGAAGGGGUGAUGCCGGGGUUGCUUCAGGUGAGCGUGGAUGGGACAUGGAGGGGGAAAGAAAUGGCGAGAGAGCUGUUGCUUCUACUGAGGGAUAGCUCUGGAUCUGGUUAUGGCUUUAAAGGCAAACAAUCAAAGAAGGAGUUGGUCGAGGAGAUUAUGAGAGAAAUUGACGAAGGAGGAGAGGAAAUACAUGGUGGCACCACAUUGAGAUUAGUUGAAGAAAUGAUUGCCAGACUCAGCAGCACAUAGCUCUUGGCUAAAUUUGUAGGACGUUCCCUUCUUUUCUAUGC